UCAACCAGGAAGCUAGAGGACGGAAUUCACGUUAUUAAAUAGAACCGUGCAAUAAAACACUAGUUUACAUUCGGUGUCAGGCUGCCAUUAUCUCUAUCAGUAUGGAGGUUUGUUUUAUUGUCUUACCACUGGUGUCUGUGCUGCUUUUCAACAGUUUUCCAAUGUCUGAAAGUUGCUAAACCACGUCAUCGACUAUAUGGUUAAAGUUCACAUGCUAACAUCAUGGAGCUAAAGGACAUAGAGAAGUGUUGCUGUGUUGUCAAUCUGUUUGAGGCAUUUUCAGCAAAGAAACAUGUGAGCUGCAGCGGAGUAAUCGUCCAUCCUCAAACUGGAAUAAUAAUAUGCACCGCCGUCCCGUUUUCCCGUUUUGCUACCGACAAAGAGCCCCUCUCCGCGGACCACAGGUUCCUGUCACCGCACAGCUUCAGUGAAAAACUGAAAAUCCGCGUCAGUUUUUCCACUGAGCGAGAUCUGGACUCCAGCCACUCUGCACAGGGAGAAGCCUGCUUCUCACCCUCCAGAAGCAAAACAACACAUCAACGGGAAGUUUCUGCAGAGUUGCUGAUGCUGGUGAACUGCCUGGAGUUCAAUGAGGCUUUCCAGGCAGUUUUCCAAGAUGCUGACCAGUGGCGUUUCCAUGGUGAUGAUGAAGAGGAUGAGGGGCUGAUCAGAGAUGCUCACUUCCUCAGCUGGUUUGCUGUUCUUAAGGCAAGUGAGUUAGCAGAAUGCAGCCCAACUGCAGGGACUGUACCCUGGCAGAGCAGCUCAUCCCUCCAUAAAGGCUGCCCUGCUGUUGCAUGUGGCUCACCCUUCGGAUCCCUUUGCGUGGAUCUCUUCAUCAGCACCCUCAGCAGAGGCAUCAUCAGCAACCUGGCCGGAGAGGACAACGCCAUCAUCCUCACGGACGCCCGGUGUUUGCCAGGCACAGAGGGUGGAGGGUUGUUUGCUGUGAAAGGCAAAGACAAUGUGCGUCUCCUUGGACUGAUCGUGUCUCCAUUUGGUUGGAAGGCAAACGAGUGGAUCGGCCUCACUCUGGUCUGCUCUGUCCACCUGAUCUUCAGGAACAUCAUCCGCUGCUUGACAGUUCAAGAUCCACUUCGAGAUGUUUGGCUCCAUCCGGGAGAAGCGGGCCUCCUCAUGUCCAACGCAGCCCACAAGUCGAAAGCUGUUGAAUGCCCCACGGUGUGCUUUGUGGAGAGUGGACAGGUCUGGGGCUCUGGGGUCGUUGUUGCCCCUCAGCUGGUUGUGACCUGCCGACAUGUUGUCAACGGGAGGUCAAGAGUCACCCUGAAGUUCCAUCACAGGGAAAGAGUCCAUGGUGUUGUAGGUGAUGUGCUGUUUUCCACUAAAGUCUCUUCACCCUAUGAUUUGGCUCUGGUGCAGAUGAGAGACCCUGCCACAGGGGCUGUAGUCCCGCGAAUGGCUCAUGGUUACAAUCCUGGUGAAUCUGUGGUUGUUAUGGGAUAUGGUGGCCUGGGUAGGAGAUGUGGUCCGUCCCUGACCUGUGGGGUCCUCUCCAAAACCAUAAGCCUGAAUGAGCAGCCGGUCAUGCUUCAGACCACUUGUGCAGUUCAAGCAGGGACCAGCGGGGGUGCUGUGGUGCGGACACGCUCAGGGGAGCUGCUGGGUAUUGUGUCCAGCAACACAAGGGACUUGGCUGCCAAAGUGACCUACCCCCACCUCAACUUUAGCAUCCCAGUGACUGUUUUCCAGACAGUGUUGCAGAACUUUCACGAGACAAAGGAUAUUAAUGUGUUCAGUGUGUUGGACAACACUGAAAAAGAAGUAAGCACAGUGUGGAGACUGCAGGGUGCACAGAGCAAACUAUAACGGAGGAGCCCUGCACUUUAAGAUAGGCUAGACAAACUGGUAGUAUGGUUAAAUCAAGAUGGAUUAUUUGCAAUCAUAUUAGAUCAAGUUAAUAUUAUGUGACAUUUUUAAACGAACCUGGUGUUUUCUAAUAUAUAACUUAAUAUUUCAAACCUCAAUGUGUUAUUAAAACAGGAAUCAUUCAUUCCUAAUGUUGAUUCACUCACCCAGAAUUAUGCUGUUAACUGUGAAAUAGUUAUAAGAACAGUUAAUGUUAUUAACCGGUUACCUUAAUAUCUGCUGAUAUAGUUUUAUUGUACUGAAAUGUAAUUUUAUUAAUAAAAUAUUUUAUUCUGGUAA